UGGAAAGGGAAAGUAGUCACCUGAGGCAACAGUCUUUUCUGGCCUGAUAAGCGACUUUUUGGGCGGAUUUUUUCGCCACUCCCUUUUCCUUCUUCCCAACCAGAUGAUUUCCGUCACCAUUUCUCUUUUUCUCCUCCAUAUUAUUUAUCAGUCUGUCGCAUCUGUUUAUAUUUUGUGUUCUGGUGGUCAGUCUGCUCAAGCAAUCUGGAUCUUCCGUCUAGUAUCCCCGAACAGCGAUUUGGCUUCUCUAAAAAGUGGUUCCCACCAGGAGAAUCCACUCUGCAAUUGUGGAAUAAUUCCCGACCGCUUCCAGAAUCAAACCGUGUCUCUUUCUCUUGCCGGCUCCCCACUAGACCGCUACUAUUAUUCUCUUUCUUCCCAAACUCUUCACUGGCCUUCUCCGUCUAUCCAGCGGGUGAUUCGCGAGCGUCUCUACUCUGCCCAAACUGCGUUCCGACGUUGCUUGAACCUCAGUGUUCUUUUUGGAGACCUUCGAACCAAUCGCCCCAAACAAGAGUGUCGCCGGCCUCCUGUCUGUAUGUGACAGCUCUAAAACUUUCUAUUGGUCAUUUCAUCAACGUCCUGUCUUUUCGAGAGCUGGGGUUCUCGACCGCCUCCUGGACUGUCG